AGAUAAAAUGGUGGAUUUCCAGCUGGGAGGGAGAGUAGGAGAAAAUAAAAUUCUGGAAUUCAAGGUUGGAGAAGAUGCAGGAGAUAAGUCUGAACAACCACAGUCCUUGGUUUGCUCUGGUCCCGUCAGUAACUUCAGUUAUGACAGUCAUAUCGUUACCAGGAGAAGAAUGGAAGACGAGUUUACGAAAGAGCAAGAAACGAAAGAUGACAGGUACACUAAGCAGGAGAUGGAUCUGGAGAUACAGAGGGUGGCCAGGGAGCUCUACAAAGCUCUCAGCGGUCUCAACGAAGAGUUCGAAAAUGCAAAGGAUCAAAUAGUUAUUGAUGAUCUGACAACUCAUACAGAUACAGGCAGACAGGAGAUGAUUCAUCCUUACAAGACACUUUACGGUCGAGAUCUUAAUCAGGUACUCCGGGAUAACCUAGGGGAUGACUGGGAUGAAGCCUGUGCUACUCUUAUGACUGAGAUGAGGAUGUAUGAACUUGAAUGUCUGAGACGGCGGAUGGAGGAUGAGGCUGCAGCGAAUGCUAUGGCGGAGGCAGCUAGUAGUGCGGAGAAGAACUCCUUGAUAAGCUCCAAUAGAUCCACGUGUUCCGUUAAGUCCGGUCAGUCUGGUUCCAAGAAGAGGAAUGGGGCAGCUGGACCUGGUAAAGAGAGAAGAAUGAGGUUAGAGGAAAUGGUUGAUGAAGCAGCUAAACAACAGAUCCAAGAUGAGUUUACAGGGUACUCUUGUCUCCUUGUUACAUGGAAAUCUAACCCUGAAGUUGAGCAAUUUAAGGAACUGUACAUGGAGAAGGAUAUAAAAACGCACAAAAGGAAGGGCAAGGCUCUAGUAGACCCUGGAGAUCUUGUUUCGGAGAAAUCAUUAAAGAGAGUUUACAAAAUCCUUGGACAGGGAAACGGUGUAGAACGUUUGCUGGUGAAGAAUCCUAAAAAGCCUGAAAUUGAUGAAGUUGAUGGGGAGGAUUUUAAAUAUUUCCUUCUAGCAGGAACCAGCCACCCAUACCCAGAGGAUACAUUCUACAGUGUUGGCAGGGUUCCAAGGAAGCUGCUACUUAAGUAUCUGGGUAUGAAGAUGUAUCUAGUAAGACUGAAGAAGCCCCCAGCUGAAGGGAAGGCUGUAACAAGUAUUAUGUAGGAUCAAGAGGAGAUUACACUUUUAUUUUUAUGUUUUUAUUAUUGUUAUUUCCAUCUCGUCAUCAUAUCAUUUAAUGAAACAUUUUUGAAGAUUGAUUUUUCUAUGCAUAAUUCUGCAUGAUUUGUUAAAUAUAAUGAGAACUAGAAAACUCUGGAAUAGAAAGUCGACUUAAGUUAUGAUUUAAAAAAGUCCAUUGCAGUUGUACAUGAGACACAGCAAUUGUGCAGUGUAAACAGACCAUUUCCCUUUGCUAUUAUACACUUUAAAUAUUGCCUUAAUGUCAUCCUUUUAUUCCACAGUUUUUUGGUUCUCACUGUAUGUUUUCGGACCAUAGAACGAUUCAUCGUUAAUAAUGACCCCUAUAUCUUUGUUUACAAUAUUUUCUCUGGAAAGAAGACGACAUUUUAACUUGUACUUAACACAAGGCUAAGAAUUAAUUGAAUCAAAUCAUGAUAUUAUUUCAUUUUGAUUAUUUUUUGGUCGAAGUAUUGUGAGUCUUUUUGCAGUUUAUAUUUGGUGAUUAAUAUCGCGUUAUAGAUAGGGUUGCCCACAAUGGAUGAGAUUUCUAUAAUUAUAAUGAAAUCUUUGAAAUCCACGAAAAAUCGGAGGUUGAAUUUUGUCUCCCAUUCUUGAAUGAAUAUUCAUAAUACUAAUAUGCAAUAUA